UAAGAUAAUAAUCUUUCUAAAAUCGAUAAAUUUUAGAUAAAUUAGGCGGACAGUGAACAACAGUAUAUGUUGUUGCAAAUCACACAUAUAUACCAUCUAUCUUGAUAAUGUCAUUUUUAGUGGAACGCAAAGUUCAAACUCAGAUUAUACAAUUAUACGGGGAGUUAAAUAUGUUUGAUGUAACUUGUAAGUUAAUUGGGAUAUCAGUUUUGACUUGAUGGUGUCCUUUUCAGGGAACACAAAAAGUUUAUAGUAAAAGGUAGUUUAUGAGAGAGAUAUCAAUUUUGAAGCAAGAAAGUGUGGUGGGAAUAUGAGCACCACAGAACUCCAGAAAUAAAGUAGUAGUAGAAUAGUGAGUAAUAGUUUGUGGGCUGAAAGCAAGGCAACUGGGGAAAAUGGCUAUGAGCCUAGCAUGGUUGUCACCAUGCACCAUUAUUUCACCAUACAAAACUAAUAUUCCAAGGCGCUGCAGUUGCUGCUAUGUCAACUCUUCUCAAGUUGAUUUGCCAUCGUCCCUGACAACAACAAGUAGUCCAACCACUAUUCGCCCUGCUGUUAUUCUUCCGGGUUUGGGGAACAAUACAAAUGACUAUGAGAAGCUGGCUCUCAUACUGAAAGGCUAUGAAGUACCAACAGCAAUAGCAAAAGUUUCAAGAAUUGAUUGGCUGAGGAAUGCUGCUGGUUUAUUGGACACAAAUUACUGGACUGGCACUCUCCGUCCUCGACCAGUGCUUGACUGGUACCUCAAGAGAAUUGAAGAUGCAGUCAGUGAAGCAAAAGAACUAGCUCAAGGUGGGAGUGGAACUUUAUCUUUUAUUGGGCAUUCAGCUGGAGGAUGGCUCGCACGUGUCUAUAUGCAGGAAUUUGGCUCCUCAGAUAUUUCCUUGUUACUGACUCUAGGAAGCCCCCACCUGCCACCACCUAAAGGUUUGCCAGGAGUAAUUGAUCAAACAAGAGGCCUGUUGAAUUACGUUGAAAAGAAUUGCGCAAAAGCUGUCUAUUCUCCAGAACUUAGAUAUGUAUGUAUAGCAGGGAGGUAUAUUCAAGGGUCUCGUUUCUUUGAUUCAAGUUCAACAUCUGUCAUGGGAGGUGUUGAACAGCCAACGUCAGAGGUUGCUGCAGUAACCAACCCAAAUGCAGAGACUCUAACAGGAUCCACUUUUCGUACACGGUUUGUUGGUCAAGGCUACAAGCAGGUUUGUGGCCAGGCAGAUGUCUGGGGUGACGGAGUUGUGCCAGUAGUUUCAGCUCAUCUGAAAGGCGCACUGAAUGUCACUUUGGAAGGAGUGUACCAUUCACCUGUAGGUUCUGAUGAUGCUACAAGACCAUGGUAUGGUUCUUCUGCUGUUGUCGAACACUGGAUACGGCACCUGCUUGUCUGACUGUAUAGUUCCAUGGUAAAUAUUAGGCAAAUUUGCCUUAUUCUUUGUGGCAAAUGUAGGACAUUCUUCAUAAAAAUGUCACAGCUGAGCCAAUUAAUGAAAUCUACAUGAGUAUUAUUAGA